UUCGGCCGGCUCCGUGCGGUGUCCGGCAGCGGCGACGGCACCCUGAAGGUCUGGGACCUCGGCACCGGGGAGUGCCUGCAAACACUUCGAGGCCACACGCGUCUUGUCAGAGCGGUGGCCGCGGACUUCGGCCGGCUCCGUGCGGUGUCCGGCAGCUCCGACAAGUCCCUGAAGGUCUGGGACCUCGGCACCGGGGAGUGCCUGCACACGCUUCGAGGCCACACGCGUAUUGUCUGGUCGGUGGCCGCGGACUUCGACCGGCUCCGUGCGGUGUCGGGCAGCACAGACCACACCCUGAAGGUCUGGGACCUCGGCACCGGGCAGUGCCUGCACACGCUUCGAGGCCACACGGAUUGGGUCAGAGCGGUGGCCGCGGACUUCCGCCGGCUCCGUGCGGUGUCGGGCAGCUGGGACCACACCCUGAAGGUCUGGAACAUCACAGACGUGGGGCCCCCUUGCAUGGGCCUUGUCGCCACGGAGCAGUGCGGGCGAGUGACGGGCUGCUUUCUUCAGAAACAUCAGACGCCUGACGCUUGUCAGGCCGUUGCACUACGUGGGGGCUGCAGAUUUGUGCAGCGCAGCGUGCGCGUUGAACACCGAGGAUGAUGCGGCCGCGGAGAACACCGCAACCCAGCCUCUGGGCUGCUACAUGCGUGAAGGGCAGCUCUUCUACAACGAGGGUUCCCACGCCGGACAGACCCAUUCCGGGUCACAGUCCUUGUGCUGGCCCCAGCCAUGGAAACCGGUCUGUACCUGCCCUGGUGGGCGAGCCGGCGUUGAUUGCAGUUAUGAUGGCGAACUCAAGUGCAGACUUCCACCGCCCACCUUGGCGCAGAUCGGCGCAUGCGUGGGUCUGGCUGCGUGCGCUGCCUUGGCCGCGCUUGGCCUGGACCAUGCCUGGGCCAGGUCCCGGGCGCACAGCUACACGGACCUCGGUGUGAGUGAGGCAGAGGCCAAGGAGGCCGUCAGUCUGCUGGAGCAACACCCCGGAGCGCUGCUGCUGGCAGCUCAGUCCCACGCCUCCAACUCGUCGAUCAUCUUGGCCGGGCUCGCCGUGAACGCGCGGCUUGUGUUCCCGAUGCUACUGGCAUGGCUGGCUCCGUGGCUGGCUACAGUCGGUGUCUUCCGGGACAUGAAAAUGUUCCUUCUGGUGGCGUUCUGCACCGCGCCAGGACUUCCAGAUCUGGCGUGCAACCUCUGGGAGGGGCGCCGAGCUGCCGACAUCGACCUCCUGGACAGCUUCUUCCCUUCGCCGUCCAGGUUUGCGCGUGCGGUGUCAUGCGUGCGGACUGCGGCCCUCGUGGCUGUGGUCGGAGCCACCUGCAGCUUGGGCGAACUUUUGCCCUAUCCGGCGAAUGCCCUGGAUCAGACCGAUGCUCCCAACAUCGGCCUGCACCAGCUGCAGAUCCUGCACGCUGCUGGACUGGCGGACCAGAGCAAACUGCUACUGUGGGUGGCGCUUCUCUCUGCCAUCUUCGCAGUGCUGGACAUUGCUGUGAGCUUGUGCCCAAAAACCUCUUCGGAAGCAGGAAUGGCAGAGUUGGACAAGAUCAAAGAGACGGCAGGAGACCUGGUGAAAAAAAGCAGGGAAGGCGAAUCAUUCGACGCCGAUGAUCCGGAAGGCCAGACCUGGAGGGACCCCGAGAAGAAGCAGCUGCGGAGGUUUUGGUCCAGUGACGAAGGGGUCGCAAAGCUGUGCGGCGCGGCGCUCGCCGGCGGUGUGUUGGGCCUUUGGGCGCUCGGCAGCCUCCGGAGCGCCCGGCCCGGCUUCCAGCUCCGCUUUGGAGCGGCGGAUGUCGGCCGCGCAGCAAAUAUCUCCAUCGAGAGCACGGCGGUGCUCCGGGUGGACCCCAUCCAUGUGCCCGAGACGGACAUGGGCGAGGUGUCAUGGCUAUGGGUGGCCCUCCUGGCCGUGAUGGUGGCAUUGGCCGCAGUGAUGUACCACUGCGCGUCAAAGCUGGAGGCCCGGAAGCGCUUCCACGAGGUUCUGCGAAAAUUCCCCGCAAGCGUCCUGAUCGAACCGGACGUGGUUAUGCUCUUGGCCGACAUGGCGCUGGACCUCAACUCCUUCGGGAACUAUUUGAUGGGGUCGCACCUGUACUUCGCAGGCGUCUCGCUGGCGAUUUGGAUCUUCACGUUCGCCAAGACCUGCUGUGACCUGGUUCACGUCCCGCAGGAGUUCCGGGACAGCUUGCGGAAUGGCUUUUACACCCCGGCCUUUAUCAGAUUUCAGAGGCAAGAAAUCAGCGUGGAAGGUGUCGCUUCUUUGCUUCUGAGUUGCUAUGGCCUUCCGUGGGCUGUUUCAAGCUAUGCCACGCUGACCUCACAGCUGGUCAACAUCGCCCUCAGUCUGCGCGGCGUCUGCAAGCUGGUGGUGCUCAAAGAGCUGGGCAUCUAGGAAACCGACGCGAAGGAACCGGGACACGACGAAUUGGCCAAAGCUUUGGGUAAAGAGACCUGUUCGCCUGGUGGA